AUGGCGCUGGCCCCUCCAGAGCCCAGCCACGCUAUCCAGGAGCAGAACUUGAAGGCUGCCCUCGAAGCCUCAUCCAUCUUCGUUGAGACGCUCGAGUCUGAUGGCGGCGUGGCCAUAGAAGAGAUCGAGCGAGAGGUGGCAUUCCUAUCGCCGUACAUCCAGAGAGAAGUGCUGCACCAUGGGCGGGGAUUCACCACUGAAAGCCCCAUUGCACUGCCAAGCAAGGUGACUCCCGAGGUGCUCCAGCUGCUGCUGCAAUACUGCCGCUUCCACCGAGCCUCCGGCCGCUCCGACAAGGAGCGCAAGAUGUUUGACGAGAAGUUUGUGCGGUUGGACACGCGGCGGCUGUGCGAGUUGACGAGUGCGGCGGACGCUCUGGACAUGAAGCCGCUGGUGGACCUCACCUCGCGCGCCCUCGCCCGCCUCAUCGAGGGCAAGACCCCUGAGCAGAUCCGCGCGCAGUUCCAGCUGCCGGACGACCUGACGGAGGAGGAGAAGCUGGAGCCUGUGCGCAACUUUGGCGACGACCCCAAAAUCCGCCUCCUCAACCGCCUCUACGAGAAAAAGCGCAAGGAGCUGCAACGGCGGCGGGAGGAGGAGGAGAAGCUGAAGGGGGGGAACCCCUCCCUGGCGCUGGAGGGUCCCCCCGCCGCGGCCCCCCAGCCGGAUGUGCGCUCUUUGGAUGACCUCCUCUCCUUCAUCGACGGCGCCGGGGGUUCCGCCGGCAAGGGCGCCAAAAAGAAGCGCGGCAAGGGCGCCAAAAAGCAGCCAGUGGCUGCCGCGGCCACCAAUGGGCACCAGGAAACAACUGGCAACGACACAGGAGAGCAGUCGCCGAGUGAAAGCGGCCAGAACGAGGCCACCACAGCUGGCAGCAAGCCUGCGCAAAAGCCAGCAGAUGCAGCACAGAAGGCACAGGAACAGCCUGAUGCAGUGCCGAGCAACAGCGCGAUCAGCGGAGCUAAUGGGGAUAGCAAUGCAGAGAGUAAAGAUGGUGGGGAGGGCAGCGGGCUGCAGAAGCACUGGUCGGGGGAGUCGGCAGGGGGAAUAAGCUGUGAGGAAGGGGAGGAUGAAGAGGAGGGAACGCUGGAUGACAUAGACGAGGACGAUGACGGGGACGGCUCUUCCUGGCAGGGACCGCGGGACGAGCUGAUGAUGCACAGCGCCUCUUUUGGCCCCAUCCUGGGCCCCAUCACCACGCUGACAUCCCUGGCCAACUUCAAGGCGCGUUCCCUCCCGACGCCGCGCGCCGCCGCUGACUCACCUGAUGACUCGCCGCCGCAACCGCCGACCGGCAGCGCACAAUCUCGCGCGCCAGCCGCGCCAGCAAACGUUGCAGCUGCUACAAAUGGAGGCCACGAGAUCAGUAAGAGCAACGAAAACUCUGGAAAGGAUGCAGCUGCGCAGCAGUCUUCCCAGAAGCAGAGUGCAGCCACGCUGGCGUGGAGGGACCCUUCUGAUGUGGCGGCAGCUCAGCGCGCCAUGCUGGCGUUCAUGGAGCAGUGUGGCCUGUCGCGCCACCUGCACCUGGUGCCCACAGAGCAGCUGCCUGAUCAGGAGAGGGCCGGUGAAAUUCCCGCGGCUGCCUCGCGCAGAAAAGAGGGCAGCGUGAUAGAAGAAGUUUUGCUGUCAAAUGGGAGCCUCUUGCAGCUGUCGCUGAAAAGCAGCGCUAGCCGCAAUUCUAGAUGA